CCCUCUCCCUCUCCGUCUUCGAUUUCAUAAAGCCCAUUCACUCUAUCUUUCGCUAUCGUAUUUUCCGGAUCCCGAACAAACAUUUAAUUUUCUGGUCGGAAUAGAAGGAAUUGAUAAAUCACAUUCAAUCCCCAUUUCCCCCGCCAGAAUUUAUCUAUCCCGCACAGCAAACACCUUGUGAAGAUAUUGGUCAAUUCAUCUUGUCCAAUAUAACAAAUCAUAUCAAUUUACCGAUAUAUAUUAUUACUGGAUCAAACUCUUCCAUCCUGUGUUCCACCUCCGUAUCGACAAUAUUUCACUCCCUUCCAUCCCUUCCAUCCCACUCUUCCGAUUUCGCCAAUUAAUUUCCUGCGGGAGUCAUAUCGGUAGAAAUAUUAAUCUCUUAAUCUCUUAUCAGCACGGAUUCACAAAUUCACGAUAUACUAGUACGAGGCAUCUAUCUACAGUACCUAGGACCGUCGCAUCUAGUAUUUACCUAGAGGCUAGAGUCUAGCACCGGGUAUCUAGUUUCCAUCUACCUAGUCCAACCCACUCCACUAUUAUUACUAUUACAAUAAAAAGAUCAUUCAUAGAGUCACAUCUCAAGAAUCUUUCUAAUCGCCAAUCGAGAAUAAAUAAAAAGAAAAUCCAAUCCUUGAUUUUAUCUUAUUUUAUUUUUCUUCGCAUCAUUUCAUCACAUCAUCAUUGAUCUCAUCCAUUUGAUCUUACUCACCUGGACCGUUCUAAUUCACCAUCACGAGAAACAUUCACAAGACCGAGAUCAACCGGGGAAGCAUCCAUCCUGAGAACUUAUCUACCACAUAUAAGAUACCAAGAUUUAUUUUACAUUCACAUACAACCAACAAUUUACAUCGAACAUCUUCUACAACUUUCUCCUCUCUGAUAUCCUAUAAACCUCAAGGAUUGUCUCCAUAUAUCUAAAGGAAGAAUACAUCUUCCCAACUGCCAAAAUGGCACACUCAACAAGACCAUCCGCAUCCCGAACACACACUGCUCCUUCACUUGCUAUCUCUCCAAGAACAAGCUCCGAAAAGAACACUGAGAAGAAGUCCAACCACGUACGCAGAAAGUCAGGAAAGGAAUUUGCGGUAGUAGCGGAAAAGAGAACUAGUCGACCUACAACUUUACACAGAAGGACUACACCGCAAGUUAUUACCAAGGCUGCCAGAAGUAAGGAGAGAGAAAGUCAAUACGUGGAGAAAGAUAACGGGGAGAGCUUUCCACAGUUCUGCAUGACUUGCGAAAAGCAAUUUACACCACCAAACAAUACCUUUCUCUAUUGUUCUGAACAAUGUCGUGUUCAUGAUCAAGCACCAACAUACACUUCUCGAUCGAACCCAUAUGCAACUGCACCAAACUCUCCACCCUUGACCCCAUUCUUGUCAAGUGCAACUUUAUACUCACCGGAAGAACCUCGAGAUAUUGUACCGCGACUCUCUCCUACACAAUCUAGACCUCGAUCAUACUUCAACUCAUCGCCAUAUCCAACCGAUAUCUCCGUCUCAUACCACGUACCCUCCUCAUCCCUCCCAGCAUCGCACUUCCAUACUUCAUCCCAAGCCGAUACACAUUCAUCAAGUGCCUUGGAAAGCUUGAGAGAGUUAGCCACAGCGCUACCUCGAACACAUCAACCCCAGGAACCAGAAUCUCCACCGACUACUACACUUUCGAGGACAUCUUCUCAAGUCUGGAACUACAUGCCAUUCACAACCAAAACCACAACACCUACACCCCUUGCCACACCAGGAAACUCAUAUUCCAACACCGCCAGCAGCUAUUCCGCUCGUCGAAGCCGAGAAGACUUAUAUGCUUUCGGGGCUGGCCAAACAUUUACCAGCACCGGGGGUAUGGGUAUGGAUCGUCCCUUGCCACCUCGAAGCGGUCCAGGUGGUUACGGACACCGACCUAGAAGCAUCGAUCUGGUCACACCAUUUACACCUGGUGUUUAAGCUGCGAUGAAAGAAAGAGAAGCAAAGCUCGAAAAGAGCAUAUUAUGCAUUAUUUGAGUUUGUUAUAGAUAUUUGAAUCUCCAAGCAUUGCGAGCAUUACAUUAUCGUUGUAGAUAUAGGAUUAGGAUGAAAUAGGAAUAUUGGAAUUGGUAUGGGCAUUCGGCAUACGCACGCGAGCAUCAUAGAUGGCUAGCAAGGAAAUUUGUGAAGGAGUUAAUCAUGGAAUCUAAAAAAUGGGAAGGGCAAUUUACAUGCAUAAUGCAUUAUGGGUAUAAGAAAAGGAUAGGAUGGAAUGGUAUGGAAUGGAAUGGGUAAAUGCUUGGGAUUAGAUGAGAGUCUGCAAUGGCUUUACAUCGCGCUUUAGUUAAAAAUAUAUAUACAUACACACCUCUAACCAAUUAUCUUAAUGC